AUGAAGCCUCGUCUGAACAGCCCACAACAUGUCAGACAUGUCUUCGAGCUGCCGGGCUGCAGCGAGCACCCGGAGACCACCGUGCAGCGGCUAAUGAUGGGUCGUUAUGGCGAAAGUCAGGACUGGUCCAGUCGGAGAUACAAGCCGCUCCAGCAGGGUGGCAGUGGCUCUCUACCCGGCUGUGACCGGGUGCGGAUGCCCCGGGCCCGUGUGCUGCUGUUCUGUCUUCUCGGUGUUCUGGUGCUGGCGGUGGUCCUGGGUGUGUACCUGUCCAACGACACCGCCACUGGACAUGUGAACCGCAUGCCAGCCGUAGAUCUGACCAGAGACAGGCUGUUCCACAAACCCAGUAAAUCCUCUCCAGCUCAAAUCCGCCGUCUGGCCUCUCAGGUGGACGGCACUCGCCUGUGGGAGACUCACCUGCGACCUAUCCUGAUAGAGCGACUCCCAGGCACCCAGGGCAGCCUGGCUGUACAGCAGCACAUCAUCUCCACACUAUCCUCGCUCUCUGCCGGCUGGUCCAUAGACCUGGACUCCUUCCAGUCCCCUACCCCUCGCGGCCAGGUCACCUUCACCAACAUUGUUGCUACUCUGGACCCUUCGGCCCCUCGGCGGCUGCUCCUGGCCUGCCACUAUGACUCAAAGGUUCUGCCUCCAGACCCGCGGGCCCCAGAGAAGGUGUUCUUGGGGGCCAGUGAUUCUGCAGUUCCCUGUGCUAUGAUCCUGGAGCUCGCUAGCUCUCUGGAUGCCCAGCUUAAAUCAUUCAAACAGCAGAAACUUCCAGUAACUUUUCAGCUCGUGUUUUUCGACGGCGAGGAGUCAUUUGAAGAAUGGACCGCCACCGACUCGCUGUACGGCUCUCGUCACCUGGCCGAGCGCAUGGCCAACACACCCCACCCCGCGGCCCCCUCGCACGCCAGCAUGCUGCAGGCAGUGGACCUCUUUGUGUUGCUCGACCUGCUCGGUGGUCCCGAUCCACUGAUUGCAAAUCACUUUGAUAACACUGCACGCUGGUUUGAUCGCCUAAUUGCUGCAGACCCAAACUGUCUUCGUCCCGCCCCCGAGAAGAGGCUCCAUCGACAGGGCCUUCUGACGUCUCACCCCUCGGAGCAGACGUAUUUUAGGAAGGAUGUGUACCUCGGACCCGUGCAGGAUGACCAUAUCCCCUUCCUUCACAAAGGCGUCCCUGUGCUGCACGUCAUCGCCACUCCCUUCCCGCAGUUCUGGCACACACUGGACGACACGGAGGAGAACAUGCACCGUCCAACUGUGGAGAACCUGACGAAGAUCAUGGCUGUGUUUGUGGCGGAGUACCUGGGUUUCUGAACGUUGAACAAACAGCGACGUUCUGAGCAGGACUGACGCUAAACGACCAGGUGAGGAGGACAAGAGCCUGGCGAAAUGAAGUGAACUGGAAUCUGAACUUUACCAAAGACUCUUAUCUGCUGGGCUGUCCUUGGAUUCAUGUGAUGAAUGAAUUGGAGGCAGUUGUCAAAAAGUGUGAAGUGGUCUCACAUCGUCUUAGUUAAAACUUUAUUAUACGUGCUGAGGAGCAUUGUACCUGAGAAGCAGCUGGGAAAUGUCUGUGAAUUCAAACACAUUCUAAAUUAAUGUUUUUGUUGUUUCCUGUGAAAGAAAAAAAGCCUUACUAGCCUUAUUGAUGAUUUACCUUGUUAAUAUAAGCUGGAGAUGCUCAUUUUUAGCUCCACAUUUUUAUUCUUGGACUCUGCUCGGGUAGCUUUGCAUGAAUAACAGAUCAGGUGCAGCGUGAAACAAGCCUCUCUUUUCAAGCUGACCUUUUUCUGAUUGGCUGCCUCUUGUAAAUAUUAGAGCAGUCUGAAGCCUGCGUUCUGUCUGCAAACACUGAGCUCAAUAUUUGAAGCGUUGGUAAUAUAAUAUGGUAGAAAACCAGGAAAAGCACAAUGGGUCCCCUUUAAGAACGACCUGUGAUGAGCAGAGCUGCUGUGGACACUGGUCGUAGCUUAUCUGUGAAUACCUUCU